AUCAGUUGUAAAGAGCAUUUGCUAUGGUGCGACAAUUGAUUCUCGUCCUAUUUCUGAGCCUCUUCUGCGGCAGCUCACAUGCUGUUGUCAGUGAGUUGGCUCGUCAGGCCGAGUCUGUCAUCCAGGGUCUGGCAGACAUAAAGAUGGCGCCUCUACGCUACUUAGAUGUUCUCUUUGGUGCUAAUCCCGGAGGAGUUCGCGGUCUUGACGAUAGAAAUCCUGCAGCUGAAGCUUCUUUAGCAGCUGCUGCCACUUUAGAAGCAGCUAAAGUAGCAAAUAUAUUGGCAAAGGGCAAAAUAUUUGCUGGAGGCGAUAUUUCAGUGCCCGGGUAUAGUAAAAUUUCAGCUGGUGUGGGCAAGGGAAGCGACCUGAUCACUAUAAUCAAGAACACACGGUCCUACGAUCCGUACCUUAUUCCACCAGGUCUUCCUGGUUAUAAUUAUCCAGUUGGAUGGCCUAUUCAUUAUCCAUUAGGUCCUUCAUGGCCUAAUCGACCACCAUGGCAACCAAAUAAUCCGUUAAGUCCAGAUGGACCUCACCCUUCACUGGAUGGACUACCACCAGGUGGAAAUUUCCCUGGUGGACCUCCACCUUCAACGGAUGGACUACCACCAGGUGGACCUCCACCUUCACUGGGUGGACCUCCAUUUUUACCGGGUGGACCUCCAUCUUUACCGGGUGGACCUCCAUCUUCACCGGGUGGACCUCCAUCUUCACCGGGUGGACCUCCAUCUUCACCGGGUGGACCUCCAUCUUCACCGGGUGGACCUCCAUCUUCACCGGGUGGACCUCCAUCUUCACCGGGUGCUUGGCGAUUACGAUUACCAUGGAUAAUACGUCGUUUCUUACCGGGUGGACCUCCAUCUUCACCGGGUGGACAACACCGUCCAUUUCCAUUACCAUGGAUAAUACGUGGUCUUUUACCGGGUGGACCUCCAUCUUCACCGGGUGGACAACACCGACCAGUUCCAUUACCAUGGAUACUACGUGGACUUUGGCCGCGUCCUGUUGGAGUUAAAGUAGGUGCAAGUGGUUCGGUAAAUGUAGACGGCGGAAUCUUUGGAAACGGUGGACUGUUCGGUACAGGAAUUUUCGGACAAAAUGGACUAUUUGGAACUGGAAUUCUUAGUGGACCUUCACUAGACCCCUUUGGCAUUUUCACCCCAAUCGGAAAUUUCUUUGGAUCACUGGGAAACUUAUUCGGAUUUAGUCCACCUAGUCAAGUUAUACCGAUCUUUGGAGGCAGGUAUGGCCCUUACGGUCGCGGAUUGCAGGGGUCUAUCACCUUGGAUGUCGGCGGCAUAGUGCCAUCGCCAAAAAGGAUAUUAAAAGGACUUUUGCAUCCUUUGUUUGGAUUUCUGGGAUAGUGCCGAGGAAUCGAGUCUGCAAUAAAAAAUAGACCUGACGGCUUAACGCUUAGUUUUAACAUUUAGUAUUAAGAAACGACAAGAGUCGGGGUAAAAUAAACAUUUGUCUUGGCCAAGCUUUGUAAUUGUAAAACCCACUAAUAAAAGUAAGCAGCAUUCCAAUUGUAAAUCCUUUGAACGGAAUUAGGAACAUUUGUAUACUUUGUUUCAUCCCGAAAAAUGGUAGAUGUAGAUUUUACAAUUUAUAUGAUAUACUUUGUUAAUCGGUUGUUGUUUUCUAAUUAAAACUUCAUUCCAAUUUGGGAUAAGCAAACAUAAA